GUGGAAACGCACGAUCGCACGCACCCGCGAACGCGUCCUGACACGCCGCUCUGCACGCAAACUUUUUAUCGUCGUCUCGCGUCGCGCACUUCGUCUGACAAUACUGCGUCGUCUCCCCGUGUUCCACGCACACGUCCACGCACGCCAACCCAUCGACAUUUUUCCCAUUCGCGCAAUCGUUCACCAACCGUCCGCUCGACGUCGUCGCGUAAUCGUUCGCCUAUCUCGCGCGCGCGCGUCCGUCGUCUCGUCAGUCUUCGGUCCAACUGGUCGGUCGGUCGGUCGUUCGUCAUCGGUCCGCGUCCAUCACGCACCUCGCCGUACGCGCGCCGCAUCGCGGAGUCUACGCCGCCACUGACGUUCGCCCACUUGUUCGCCGUCGCCCACGCCUUGACGGCGUCGCGCGUGUUCGCAUCGUAUCGUCCAUCGGCUCGGGCGCCGCGUUUCAAAAACUUUUCCCGGACGAGGAGUCUUUGCAGGCAGUGCACGUCGGCGCCGAUCGACCCGGGCGCGAGGUCGCGCGGGAGGUGGCAGAAAUCGUCGAUCGAUCGCGACGGCAUGCGGUCGGGCGCGAGACGCGGCGAGGUGUGA